UUUUUUUUAGAUUUUGACAAUAGACACUAGACCUCCACUUAUUGUUUUGAACUGGGCCCCAUAUUUACCCGGGACGCCCCUGCAUCACCUCAACCCUUUCCUCGACAAUGCGCCGCCCGCCUCCUCAAGGGUCCAGGAAUAUGGCGUCGCGCGCGCGGUGGGUGGAGGAGACCGGCGCUGCGGAGGUGGUGGAGAGCUGGGGCAAUAUAUGGCUGACCACCGGUGUCACUCGGGCCGGCAAGCUGUACUACAACGUUGAGGAGAUCGGGUUCUUGGCUGAAAGAGGUGCCUUGAUUCUUCUCAGUGAUAAGGAUGAAACCAUAGGAAUUGAAGGCAUAUAUGAAAAGCUUGCUGGAGGAAAUUAUGGGUGCUCCUGGGAUACCUUCCAGGCUUAUAAACAAUUGAAAUCGCUUGGAUAUAUCGUUGGAAGAUUUGGUGUUCCCUGGACAAUGAAGCAUGGUAGUACUUGUGACACCAUUGCCCCCCAGAUGAAUAUACUUGAGAUUGAUCAGAGCUUAAAUAAAGUUGACGGAGCCUCCAAUGACAUAACCAAAUUGCUCAGGCUCCGUUCGGUUAUCUGGGAUUGGUUCCUAGCCCAACCCUUUCUUCACAAAUUUGUACUAUGGAGGAAUAGUUCCAGGCCUAGAAUCGCCCGUUCCGGAACAACCGAAUGGAGCCUCAAGGAAAUGCAGAUUGAUGGGAUAUCUCCAUUUUUUGAAGUUUAUCUACCAAAUAGCAAGUUCAAAAAGUCAUCCGCAGGGUCCCCUAGUUUCCUCUUAUGUCUAUUAAGUGGUGAACCACCCUCAAGGGUUGAAUUGGAAGCGGUGGAAAAUAAUUUCAGAGACACCCCUCUGAAAUGUUGUCAUGUGGAUAAUGGACGGGUCAGCUUUCUCUCCUUUGAUGAAGUUACACUCCCAAGCUUGCCCUGAUGGGUAGCAGCAGAACAUGUAAAGUACAUAGCAUGAUAGCAAUAACCAGAUCUUCAUUCAUCAGUUGGCCACAACAAUUAUUUUUCUUGUCUGAAGCAUGGUUAAUUGAUCUGAAGCCUGAUAGUACGUGAAAUGUUC